CAUGGGGAAAGAUAAGGAAAAGGAGAGAAAUGCGCCUAAAGAUAUUAAAUUUGAUUGUCUGGUGAUGGACGUUGACUGCCAUCCAGACAACGAAAUACUGACAACUGCAGAUAUUGAUGGAAACGUUAAAAUAUUCAAAUACUCUACAACGGGAGAAAAUGAAGAAUUAAAUACCUUAACUCAUCACAAGAAAUCAUGUAGAAGAUCUAGAUUCUUACCCAAUGGAGAGAAAUUUGUAACUUGUUCUAAGGAUAAAUCUAUGUGUGUAAUUGACACAUCCACCUACGAAGUUGUACAUACUUACUCAAAGUCUCAUAAAAGUCCAAUAUACUCCCUUUGUAUUAUUGAUGAUAAUAUUAUAGCAAGCGGCGACGACGAUGGAACAUUAAAAUUAUGGGAUCUAAGAAAGCAAAAAAGUGUAAUGGAGAUGAAGGAAUGCGAAGAAUUUAUAAGUGAUAUGGUCAUAGACGAAUCAAAAAAAAUUCUACUCGCUACAAGCGGUGAAGGAACUUUAACGACUUUUGAUGUUAAAAAGCAUAAAAUGAGACUUCAGUCAGAGCUAUUUGAAUCGGAAUUUUUAUCUAUAACCGCAUUAGAGGAUAAAGAUAAAGUAGUAGUUGGAGAUGGUGACGGUGUUCUUAAUAUAUUUAAUAAAGGAGAAUGGUCAAAUAUUUCUGAUAGAUUUCCCGGUCAUCCUAUGUCUAUUGAUUGCUUAGUAACGAUACAUAGAAAUCUUAUAGUAACCGGAUGUAUGGAUGGAAAGAUACGUGCCGUAAAUAUAUUGCCUAAUAAUAUUGUUGAAAUUGUUGGCAAACAUAAUCAAUUUCCUAUCGAAAGUUUAUCUUUAACGCAUUGUCAAGAUCUACUAGUGUCUUGCUCCCACGAUCAAAAAAUUAAAUUCUGGAAUAUUUCUCAUCUGUACGAUUUAAAUACGGAAAGACCGGAAGAGGUUAAAGCCCAUAGGAAGACGAAAAAACAAAAGUUUUUUGACGAUUUAUGA